GCAGGGACCUGGCGCUGCGGGAGAUGCCCGGGAAAGCAUCUUGUCUGGCGGCAUCGAGGGAGAGCGGCGGGGCGGUGGCCGGCGGUACGGGCCCAGGCGAGGCGAGGCGAGGCGAGGCGGGGGCUUGGCCUGAGCUCUGGGCUGCGGGGGGUGUCUGUGGGCCCCUGUGUCCAGCUCAGGCCACCCAGCUCCACCCGCGCCCCGUGGUGCAGCCCUGGGACCGUCUUCCAGAAAGGCCCCCGAGCACGCGAGGGGGAGGCUCCGUGACUUGCGGCCGGCUUCCAGCUCCCACCCUGCACCCGGGUCCCCGCAGAAGACAGCGGCGAGCUUCGGGCCCAGCAGCAACCGUGUGGAGUCCUCUGAGGGACGUUAUCAGUGAUGCCUCUGCCCCGACGACAGCUCUGAACGCGGCCCGAUGCUGAGGAUAGAGCCAACGAUGCUGAUGCUGCCCUAAGGCAUGUCGGAGCAGAGCCCCAGAUAGGAGCCUGGCUCUGGGCAUGGGGGCAGUGCUGGGGGUGGGCUCUGUCUCUCUCUGGGCCCCCCCUGGCCUGGCAGCAGCUGGCUCCUGCCCUGACCUGCCCGUGCCAGCAUGAAGCGGCCCAAGCAGCCCCCGCGGCCCUUCCGCAUCCUGGGCCUUUUUGGGCGGCAGCCGCGGGCCCCCAGGGAGGUGCUGGUGCCUGAGCUGGCCCCCGGAGGCCCAGCAGAGACGCGGGUGACGGUGCCUCCUGGUGAGGAGGGGGGACUGGUGGAGUGCCCGCUGUGCCUGCUGCCCCAGCCCCCGGACGCCUUCCCCACCCUGAGCACCUGCACGCACCACUCCUGCCGCACCUGCCUGGAGACCUACCUGCGCAUCGAGGUGGGUGAGCGCCGUGUGCCCGUGGCCUGUCCCCACUGCCCCGUGGCCCUGUCACCCGCCGAGGUGCACCAGCUGCUGCCCGAGCCCGCCCUGCGCAACAAGUAUGAGGAGCAUCUGCUGCGGCGCCUGCUGGCUGCUGACCCCGGCACCCGCUGGUGCCCUGCGCCCGAUUGCAGCUAUGCGGUGAUCGCCUGUGGCUGUGCCGACUGCCCCCGGUUGACCUGCGGGCGCGAAGGCUGCGGCACCGAGUUCUGCUACCACUGCCGGCAGCCCUGGCACCCCGGUGCUGCCUGUGCCCCUGCCCCCAGCACUGCCGACCCUGGCACCCUGCUGAUCCACCCGGAGGAGUUGGCGCAUGAUGUAGGAGUCAUCAAGGUUUGCCCUCGCUGUGGCGCCUUUAUCAUGAAGAUCAACGACGGGAGCUGCAACCGCAUGAGCUGCACCAUGUGUGGCUGCCUCUUCUGCUGGCUCUGCCUGCGCGAGGUCACCGACGUGCAUUUCCUCAGCCCAUCUGGCUGCACUUUCUGGGGCAAGCGUCCCUGGUCGCGCACGCGAAAGCUGCUGUGGCAGCUGGGUAUGGCGCUGGGCGCGCCCAUGGUCAUCUCACUCAUCGCUGGCAUUGCCGUGCCCGUCAUCACCAUUGGUCUCCCCGUCUACAUGGGUCGCAAGGUGCUGGGGCGCAGCCGGAAGAGCAACCUGUCAGGGUGCCAGCAGUGCUUGUCGGUCAGCAGCAGCGUGCUCCUGUCCCUCUUUGUCUCCCCCAUCAUCACCGCUGUCACCGUGGGGGUCGGGGUGCCCCUGCUGCUCACCUAUGUCUACGGCGUGGUGGUGCUGUCACUAUGCCGAAACCGCUGGGGCUGCACAGACGGCGGCAGGAAGCCCGGGGACCCCGGCAUGGUGGAGCUGGAGAACCUCGCCAAACUGAACGAGCUCUGGGCCGUGCUGCCCAACCCACGGGCGACUGAGGAUGGGACCCCCGACACAGCCUCCUCCCUGCCUAGCAGCAGUAGCCGCAGCCAGCGCCACCAGGCCGGCUGCAAGGACCAAGACACCCAGUCUGCGAGCACCAUGGCCCUGGCUGGUAGCAUCCUCAGCGAGGGCCAGGAUGCAUCCUACAGGGAAGGCGUGAACUUCGAGGUGGAAGUGGCAAUUGAAGCAGAGCCACGGGCUGGGCAAGAGCAGAGCCUGUGCAGUGCGCUUUCAGGGCACAGCCUCUCCGGGGACUCUCUGGGCUGCGCCAGUGAUGCCUGCAGCACGGCUGGGGCCCUGGGCGAGUGACCUGGGUUGGCAGAGCCGAGCCCCACGCUCAGAACAAGGUGGUGCCGGGGCCGCUCCAUGGCACAACCUGGCGCUGUGUGCAGGAUACAGCCGGGGCCCGUGGCAGCUGGCCUCGUGGCUGCACCUUGCUUGACCCCUCCACAGGCUGGCUGCGAACUCUGACGCUUGCAGGCAAUAAAGCAGUAGCCGAAGCGGCUGGCGUCUGCGAGCCCAG